AUUUUUAAACAUAUAUCGAAUAAAUUGCAAAACUAGUAGAUUCUUGCAGGUCGCUCCAUGCGAACAUGGUAUUAAUUAAGAAAUUGCAUUUUUCUGAGAUAUUUAUGCAAUUGCAAUAAUUAUCAUGAUGCCGAGAACAAUCAAAAAUGAAAAGACGAGAAAAAGGUGGAUCAGGGAGAUGAAUGAUCAAACAUUUACUCUUGAUGGAGAAGAAAUAUUUUGCAACAUUUGCAAAAAAGAGGCAGGAUUGGAUUUAGUUGUUAAAUAUCCAACAUAGUUUUAAGAAUUUUCAAUUUGUUUUGCAAAUUGUUUGCUAUCGAAAGUCUCAGUUAAACCAACACUUGGCCACCAAAAUGCAUAGGAAUAUGUCGGGGGAUUUAUCAACAACCCAAAAUGAUGCAGAAAAUGAUUUUAAUCAAGAUCUUUGUCAAGCGUUAAUAGAUAUCAGUAUACCAUUGCAUGUGGUAAAUAAUACAACAUUUAGAUCAUUUUUAGAGAAAUACACACAUAACGAUGUACCCAAUGAGAGUUGGCUAAAAACUUUUGAUCUACGGAAAUUGUAUACACAAAAAUUAAAUCAAAUAAGAGAUGAGCUUGCAAAUGGUCACAUUUGGAUAUCAGUUGAUGAGACAAUUGAUGUGACUGGACGCUGUAUUGCAAAUAUCAUUGUAGGAAAAUUGGACAUAGAAGCUGUCACUCGACCUUAUUUAUUAGCCUCCAAAGAGCUAUUAAAUGUUGAUUGUUUUGCCAUAACCAAAUGUGUUAGCGAAGCUAUUGAUUUAUUAGGCUUUAAAAAUGAACAAAUACUUUUGUUUGUGACAAAUGGAAUUUCAUAUAUGCUUGAAGCUGCCACGCAGCUUAAAAGUCGAUAUCCAGAUAUGUUACACGUAACAUGUUUUUCUAAUGGCUUUAACAUUUUAGCAGAAGCAAUAAAAUAUGCAUUUCCAAAGGUCAAUGAUUUUAUAUCCUGUGUACAGGCACUUUUUUCAAAGGCACCGCAUCGGGUGGCAUAUUACAGGAAAGUACUAAACAUUGAACUACCACCAGAACCCGUUGUUCACAAAUCGAGUACAUGGAUUAAGACAAUAGUUUUUUAUGCUGAUAACUUUGAGGAGAUAAAGAAAGUAAUCCAAUCAUUUGACCCAGAAGACUCCCAAUCCAUAUCACAGGCCCAGAAACUGUUGGAAAAUGAUAAACUAUUUUAUGACUUCAUUUUCAUCAAGUCCAAUUUCGAGAAACUCUCUUUGAUAAUGGAAAAACUUGAAUCUACUCAAAUGUCAUUAAAGGAAUCUUUUAAACUUUUUUAUGAAGCCGAGAAUAUUAUACGUGACAUAUCAGGUGAUUUGGGCGAAGUUUUAUGUAAUAAGUUAGGUCUAGUACUAGAGAGAAAUGCCGAUUUAAAUGCACUUAUGAGUGCGAAUAAUAUUCUGAGCUAUAAUCAAGUUCCGGACGGAGAUAUGGGAAUUAUUAAAUUGAAAAAUAUUAUAAAAUAUAAAUUUGCACCAAUGAGUUGUUUUGAUGCUGAGAGAAUUUUCCCGGCAUACAAUUGGAUAAUUUCUGAUAAUAAACCAACAUCAAAAAUGAGUGAAAUAGAAAUGCUACUUAUUUGUAGUUGCAACAUUUGGUAAAUAAAGAUAUUAGGCCUUUAUUUACCAAAUAUUAUUAAAAUGUAUAAAGAAUUUUUAAAAAUGGGAUGAAAAACAAGAACUUUUUAUAUAACGGUAAACAGAUAAAAUGCAGAAAAU